AUGCCAUUAAGAAACUUGAAUUUAAAACAUCUCAGAAACAACUUAAACAUGAGCUUGAGUGGAGUAUCAUAAUCUUUCAAGUUGUGACAGCAAACAGUAACUCAAACAUAAUGUGGUUUUAUUUAGCAGACCGACAAACUUAGAGAAUUAUCAGCAAAAAAACAACAGGAUAACUUUCAGGUGUUACAUUAACGAGAAGUAUAUCAUACAGCAUGCUGAGCACAACACUUUAUUUAUUUCCUGAGUACCUUACGAAUGGACAUUUACACAGAUUGUAUUAUUGAAUCCUGAAUUUAAGAGAAACAACAUACCUGAUAGAACAGUCAUCACUAUUAAAGCUGUUAUGGCUCCAGCAAAAACAGUCAAUCUUGGAUGUCUCAUAGCCAUUAUAGCAGCAAUAAAGAAUGUCUUGU